AUGUCUUUCUUCUCACAUUUUUUCAGUUUUUUCCUUUUUUUUUUAGUUUUGCUUUUUCUUCCUUUUUUUUUUCUUAUUUCUCUUUAUUAUUCUUUCUUUCUUUCUUUAAUGUUUCUUCUUUUUUGUGCUUUUUUACCAUUCCUCUAUCUUCGUUUCUUAUUGUCUUCUUUUUUUCUGCAUAAAGAAAGAAAAUCCGGUCCGAAUUGCGAAAGCCUCUUAUUUUCUCGUCUUUCUUCUAAAUGUCAGAAUUCUACAAUCUUUCUUCUUUUUUUUCAUCCCUUCUGUCUUUCUAUAUUUCAUUCUUUAGUUCUUGUCCUUUCGCUUACUUCUUCUUUCUUUCUUUCACACAGAAGUUUACAUUUAUCUUUAUUUAUUACUAAAAUAUUACCUUCGUCGCCCACUCUUUUUCUUUUUUAUAACUUUCUUUCUUCUGCAUUCAAUAGUCCGUUACUAUUCACUCUUUCGGAAUUAUUUCAUUCUUUCUUUAACUUUGUCUUUCUUUCUUUCUUUCUUUCUUUCUUUCUUUCUUUCUUUUCCGUUGAAAUAAUUUUUCUCUCUUUCUUUUCUGCUGAUCUAAUUAUUCUUUCUUUCUUUCUCUUUGAAAUAAUUUUUCUUUCUUUUCCACUGACUUAA